CCUCACUAUGUUAGAAACUUUAAAACAUGCUUGCUCGUCUGUAUUGCUCUCAGACUCAUCAGUAGCAUGAAGUCCAUUAACAGGAAUAAAAAUAGCAGACAUUAAAAGGAGCUGCAGCAAAAUUAUGUCUAGCCUGCUUUUCUGGACUUUGAUUACCUGGUUACACCUCAUAAUUCAAACUCUGGUGGCCAGAAAGGAGAAUCAUCAACAGUAUCAGAGCAGAGGGGCCCACAUUUGCAGGGGUAACACUUCUUUAUCUCGCACAUUAAAUGUGACUAUCAUUUCUGAAAAUUUUUACAACCUGCUAAAAUGGAGUGCUGUGGAUGAUGAUUCUACCAACACACGGUAUACAGUCGAAGUCAUGAAAUUAGGAAUGCCCUGGAAAGUUGUACCCAGAUGUUUGAAAAUUAGUGCCAGAGACUGUGAGCUAUCACAGAAGACAUCAAGGAGGCUUUUUGACAUACAUGACCGGUACUGGGCCCGGGUCAUAGUGGAGUCGAACGAGAACAAUGCAACGUGUGUUGAAUCGCAAGAAUUGUUGCCGUAUUCUCAAACUGUUAUCGGACCACCACAUUUGUCUUUUAAUUGCUCUAACCAAGUAGCUGUAGUGGCGCUCUCUAUGCCUCUGACUCCAAUCAAGACAAAUGAAGGCAGGAACAUGCGUCUGAGUGAAAUCUUCCUUGGCCUGAAAUACAUCAUUAAGCUGUAUAAUGAGGAUAUGGAAUUAGAACAGGAAGUACCAAGGUCCAGCCAAGAAUGGAAAGAAACAGUCCACAGUUUCAGUAAUCUAAGACCAAGUACCAACUACUGUGUUACAGCCAGACUGGACAGACGUGGCUCUCAUAGCCGGGAACAUGUCAUGCUCUGCUGCACAACCAGUUCUACUGAACACACAUGGAUUUCCGUGUUGCUAAUCACACUGACAGCUGUAAUGGCAUCAUUUAUGUCUUGUGUUUUCCUCUGCCUGUUAAGAUGCUACAGGCAAAAGCAGAAACAGAAACAUAUUCCCAAGGCCUUGGCUUUGCUCAGCGAAGAUCUGUGUGUCGACCUGACCUGUAAGGAUAAAGAUGACACGCUAGAGGGAGACCAUAUUUCUAUAGUCAGUGCCGUUAGCAUCUGUCAGACUUAUGAAUGGAAGCCUCAGUUCACACAUAUCCAACUGGUUCAGGAUGACCACAACUCAUAUGGAAAGGAUAAAAAUAGCGCGUACAAAAAUUACUGUAACUGGUCAGCCAUUCGCCAGAGCCAGUCAGAGUCCAACAGCCAGGUAUUCCUCAAUGAGGAAAACAACUCUGAUCCACCUUGUCUGUCUUUCAAAGAUCCCAGCGGAACAGUUAAAUCUGUUUCUGCUGCCAUGGAAACAGUGGGAACAGACUUCACAUCAGUUGUCAUGUUGAACUUGGAGACUGCAGAGUCAAAUGUCUCAUGUCAUCAGAAUCUUCAGAAAGGCUAUGAGACUUGUGGUGUGUUAACAUCAGAACAAACAAACAUUCUCAAAAAUGUGAAACCACCAGGCCUGAUAGAUUCUUGGUAUCAAAGCAACAUCCCUCUGAGCUCUGUGAAACUGCUGGCCUGUGAAGAAAUGAACAGCUAUGAUUGGGAUCUUGAAAGUGUUGGCAGUUUGAUCAAUGUAUACUCAGUAGAAAUACAAACUGCGGAUGACAGUGACUCAGUUACUCACAAAUUAUGGGGCUACAAAUCUGUGGCAGAGGAAGAUGAACCAUUUCUACAGAGAAGUAACACAAGCAAUGUUGGUUAUAAAUCAUACCCAGUAUUAUGUGAACCCAUUCAGAUUACAGGCAGGGCCUAUGAAUCUCACAACAAACCAAUACAGUGCACCUUGUCAGAAAUGAGACUGAAUUUGCCAACAUGAACCAGCCAGAUGAAGCUUUAAAGCUUUUUAACAGCAUUAAAAUGGUUAGGCAGUUCAUAGUUGCAGCUUCACUGGAUAAAUGCACACAUGCUUGCUUUUAAAAUACAAAACUAGCUAGAGUUCAUUAUUCAUCUUUUACCUGUAUACUACAAUGAAAUGCAACACUUCAGGUCCAAAAAUAUACCAACAAGUACGUCAUCUAGCCUACAUGCUUUACAGUAUCUUUGCUCAGCAAUGAAGGAAACAGAUGUUUAAUAUAGCCUUGCCAUCAGUUAGUAUUUUUUAUACCUUCUGCAACUAUAUAUCAUCACCGAUAUUCCAGAGCCCCUUCUCAAUCUUCCACUCCAUCUUCCUGCCCAAGUUACUCUUUCUGAUUUGGGCCCCUCAACUCAGCAAAUGUUAGUGUAAGCAGCUGGGUGACGUGUAGAGAAGAAGUCAGUAAACCCCAGUAUGUGUAGAGAAGAAGUCAGUAAACCCCAGUAUGUGUAGAGAAGAAAUCAGUAAACCCCAGUACAUGGCUAUUUUGAUGCUUGUGGAAAGCUUCUUAGGAAGCCAGUGUGAAUUAUAUAUGUAUAUGCAUCUGGACUAGCCUCCUGGAUUUUACAAAGAACUACUAGUCCUUGGCUUAACCUCCAGCCUUCCCACCAAGGUAGAUGAGCUGGUAAAAAUGCUGCUCCACCCUAUCCCCAGGCAACUCCUCUGGGACUGCGUUUGCUAAUUGAAUCCACGUCACAUGGGUUGCAUGUAGGGCACUACCCCUUUUUGCAUCAAGGUUUAGUAUGAAAGUGAUGUGGAUUGAAUACAGAGACUUCCAGAGCCCUGAAAAUGGAGUUUAAGAAUACCGAAGUAGGAUACACGGCAGCUGCUUUCUGAUGAUGUUUAUCUAGAUUCGUGCCACCUUGGUGACAUAACUGUAUUGUGAACUUCGAGACAAGGGGGAAGGAGAGAUUUACUUUUGUUUUCUGCCUUUUCAUCUUGUCUGAGUUUACGCGACCUCGGAGGAGAUAUCGGUCAUGAGAAGGUUUGUCACCAAAUCUGUGGGGAUGCAUGUGGCUUACCCCUGCAAAGAAUAUAUAUUUUUGUGUGUUUUACAACCUGGGAAGUAUUACCAGUUUUGAAGUGCUGAUCUCCCAAGGCUGUAAAUGUUUUAGUUUAGAUUAAUCAUGCAUCAGUUAUACAAGACACAUUUAAUCAUAGUAAGCCCCAAACUUUUGUUUUAUCACAACUUCUCCUACAACGGUGCAGCACUUAUCUUUACCUACAUGAGUUUGUUUUAAGAACAGCCUGAAGUAACUGAGGCAUAUAUCCACUUGUCAGCAAAUGUGGUUGCCUUGUAUUCCUUAAAGGUAUACUAGUCUUGACUAGAUUAAUCUGGAUUUAUGUUUCAGCAACUUCUGUCAAUAGCAGUUAACAAUAUUGAUAAAAUUGUAAAGCUUUCAAAAAUAUUAAUGUACUUUAGCAAGGUACUUAUGAAGAGAAUUUUAAGAAAUCUUUCCUAGUUUUGUGCAUUGCAGUACACAUCAGGAAUGCCCCUUAGUCUGUUGUCUGACUGAUGCUGCUGUUGAUUCAGAUAGAAGGAACAGUAUGCAAGCUAGCAAACUAUUGCAAAUUGCACCAUUUUUGCCACAGCUUACUCAAUUAAUAUGGAUUCAUAGGUUCAUAGGUAGGUACUAGGCUAUCGACCCAAGGGCCUAGCCAACAAGGUUCCCUGGCUUAUGCCACCAGAGGAAGUUA